AUGCCGCCCAGCAAUGAUGACUUGCGCAGCUGGGCGGCGCUGGACGGCAAGCGGCUGAUGAACGUCCUAUCGUAUCGCGCCACGUUGGCAGAACUGCUGGCCGUGGUGAAAGCACACAGAGAGAACGAGGAGGAGAUGAGAGGGAGUGUGGGAGGCGGUGUGCGGGGGGAUAGAAGAGGGGAGGAGAGAUGGGGUGAGGAGAGAAAGGGUGGGGAGAGAGGGGAAGACGAGAGUGUGGGGGAGGGUAAGGUGGGGGAGGGUGGAGGGGGAGAAGUUAGAGGGGAAGAGGGGAAUUUUUCUUCUAAGCGAGUGAAGGGCCAAAAGGAAGGGAAGGCAAGCACAGGUCUGUCCCCUGUACACAUCUGCACCGCAUUCCACCGCAUUGCCAAGCACGCCAAGCGCAUGGGCGGCGGGCGGCGUCUCGUGGACCGGCUCAAAGAGGACGAAACGGUCCGGUGGCUCGGGCGGCAGGUGGAGGCGCUGGCAAAGGGCGGCAGACUGAAGGGCCAGGCUUUGGCGAACGUGGCAUGGGCACAGGCGGAGCUGGGGCACGGCCCACCGUCUCUGCUGAACACCAUCAUGGCAGCAUCUCUCGCUCACAUCAAGUCCUUCCAGCCAUUAGAGGUUGCAAUAUUGCACACCCCACCGUCUCUGCUCAACACCAUCAUGGCAGCAUCUCUCGCUCACAUCAAGUCCUUCCAGCCAUUAGAGGUUGCAAUUGCACAGCACACCCCACCCUCUCUGCUCAACACCAUCAUGGCAGCAUCUCUCGCUCACAUCAACUCCUUCCAGCCACUGGAGGUGGCCAUAUUGAUGCACGCCCUUGGUUCCACUGCCGGCCCGCCAUCUGCCAACGCCAGCCUGUCAGCCUUAACCCCUCACCUCAGAAGCAUUCGCAUGUAUAUCAACAGCCGCAUUCCGAUUCCCCUUCCCCCCUCUCAGAUGCACGCCCUUGGCUCCACCGCCAGCCUGCCAGCUGUCAACGCCAGCCUGUCGCGGGACCUGCUUGGGCGGCUGACGUGGGAGCACGUGAUUGGCUCGCUGCACGGCUACCAGCCACGCCACGUCAAGGAGAUCCUUUGGGCACAUGCACGAGUGGGGCUGCACUCGCACCUGCUCUUCCGCGAGGCGGCAAAGCUUGUCCUUUCUGACAUGAGCAGCUACAGUGCACCGCAGCUCGCCAUCAUCGCAUGGUCAUUCGCCAAGCUGCACCACUCAGACGACUCUCUCUUUCGUGCCCUGGCUUCCUGGGCCGAGAGCAACGCACCAGAGUUUGAGUCGCAAGACAUUUCCAACAUGCUCUGGGCAUUCGCUCGUCUCAACGUCAACUCUCCAAACCUGUUUUCACUCUUUGUGCCGCGGGUUAUCGACUCGAUACAACAACACUCCACACAGUCACUUUCUAACAUUGCAUGGGCGUACGCCACAGCAGGGCACCGCAGCCAGCAGUUGCUAGAGGCAGUGGGGGAGGAGAGCACGAGGCGAAUCGUGGGCGGGAAACUGGAGAGGGAGGCUGUAUCUGGGCAGGCUGUUGCCAACAUCGCGUGGGCAUUAGCAACGCAGAGUCACUACGACGUUCCCUUUUUCUCCGCCGCUGCCGCCCACGCCACCCACUACAUGCCAAGAUACGCCGGCCGCACCAUUGCCUGCCUGGCCUUCGCCUUUGCUCUGAUUGGCCACGCUGCCCCCCCUCUCUUCCGACGCGUUGAAUCUGAGAUCAUCCGUCGUCUAUCACUGCGGUCAGGCGAGCAGGAGUUCGGCCGCCAGGCGCUGGUGAUGCUUGCAUGGGCCCUCUCAUGCUACCCUCCCCUCCAUCCUCUUCUGUCCUGUCCUCUAAUCUCUCCCCUUUGUGUAGAUCAUGCGGCGUCUGGCAGUGCGGGCAGGCGAGCAGGAGUUCGGCCGCCAGGCGCUGGUGAUGCUAGCUUGGGCUCUCGUGGUGCUCCCCUCCUUUCCACCACCACACUCCUCUCUCGGUCCUCUUUUCCCUCUCUCCCCGUUCCACAGAUCAUACGUCGUCUGGCCAUGCGGUCAGGCGAGCAGGAGUUUGGGCGCCAGGCACUGGUGAUGCUCGCAUGGGCUCUAGCGGUGCAUGGGCAAACCGACAUCAUCCGUCGUCUAUCACUGCGGGCAGGCGAGCAGGAGUUUGGUCGCCAGGCGUUGGUGAUGCUCGCAUGGGCUCUCGUCGUGCAUGGGCAAACCGACACACCCGCUGCUGCUCCUACAUCCACUGCUCCUCCUUCCACCACCAACAUCACCACCAACUCCCCAUCCUCUCUCUCCUCCUCCUCUUCCCUCUCCCCCUCGGCCUCUCUCAGCCCAGCUCUCCCCAUCCUGCGCCACCACCUGCUCUCUCUCACCAGCGACCUCACCUCUAAUGAGCUCUGCCAACUCUACCAGGUCGACCUAGCCACCCAGCUGGAAGCACCGGAGCACAACACUCGGCUGGUGGAGGGGGGCAUGGGAGCCAUGAUGACUGAUGCUGGGAGUCACGAGGGAUGCUGGGGGGGGUUGGCCUUUCUCCCUCCCAUCCUACAUGUACUUCCCUCUUUAACCCAUUCGCAGGUCGAUCUAGCCACGCAGCUGGAAGCACCGGAGCACAACACUCGGCUGGUCGACCUAGCCACCCAGCUGGAAGCACCGGAGCACAACACUCGGCUGGUCGAUCUAGCCACACAGCUGGAAGCACCGGAGCACAACACUCGGCUGGUGGAGGGGGGCAUGGGCGCCAUGAUGACUGAUGCUGGCAGGAGCACGAGUGGCAGUGGGAGCGAGGGAGACGGGGAGUGGGGGGAGCAGGAGCAGCAGGUGCAGCAGCAGGGGCAGCAGGGGCAGUUGGAGCAGCAGGAGGCGGAGGAGGAGAGGGACGAGUCGUAUUGGUAUCUGCAGCACCUGUGGCUGUCGGGGUUUGUGCGGCAACAGGCUAAGGAGGAGGCGGAGGAGGAGAGGGACGAGUCGUACUGGUAUUUGCAGCACCUGUGGCUGUCGGGAUUCGUGCGGCUGCAGGCUAAGCUGAGGCGGUGGGGGUGGGGCGAAGGUGAGGCGGGGAAGAAGGGAGGGAUGGGGGGGAAGGCCAAGUGCUGUGGUGGUGGUGAGGAAUGGGAGGAGAGCAGGGGCUGUGGGACAAUAGCGUGCUGGGAGGCGGCCCACGAGGCAGAGAAGCUGCAGGUGUCAGGCCUUCAACGGGACAUCAGCUGCGCCCUGCACCAGAUGCACCUCCCCCACACCCUCGAGUACCGAGACGGCGACUACAGCAUCGACCUCGCCCUCCUGUUGCCGCUCGCCCCACACCCGGCAUCUGCAGAAAGUGACUCUAAGAGGAGUGAUUCUAGGAGGAGGGAGAGGCGUGGUUCAGGUGAGUUCCUCUGUUGGUGCCAGGUGGUUCAGAUACCUUUCUUUGAGUGGGAGUGCCUGUCGGACUUCCACCAGAAGCAGACAUAUCUCGCCGCCCGUCUCGGGCCUCUGGCCAUGCAGCUGGCGCGUGCAGCAGCAGCGGGUGCUGACAUGGCACAGAAGCAGGCAGGUGAAACGGCAGGGGUUUCUGUUUCGUCUGAGGUGGAGAGGCAGCGGGGAGGUGAUGAGACUGGCGAAGGUAGAACUGGAGAAGGUUUAACCGAGGAGGGUAGAAGUGGAGAGGGUGGGACUGGGGUUAGUGAGUCGGAUGCUGAACAGGAAGGAGAAGGGGGGUUCAAGGAGGGGGGAGUAGCAAACAAGGAGGGGCAAGUUGGGUUAGGUGAUUCUAGGCCUGGGGAAGGAGAGGGGGGAGAGGCCGAGGGGCAAGAGGUGGAGGAGGGAGCACGGAAGAGGAAUGAAGGAUCCCCUCCUAGAUAA